UGGCAAGUCAGAAAGAAAACAGGAUUGUGAACGCGCUACAGUAAAGAAGCAAAUCUAUAUUCAAGUCGUUUAAGGAAUUUUACAGAAAAUCAUUAUAUAAUAUAUUAAUACUAUUCCAGUUGUCGAGGCAAUAAUCUCGAUUAACAAUCGAAUUUUAUUUUACACAAGUCGCAUAUUCGAACAACAUGUCUCAUAUCGAAGAUUCCCAGAGAUGGCUCAAUGAGGUGAUGUCGAAGAUCAUCGAGAAUCUCGGACCGAACGCGGACGAAGCUCGAUACGAACUAUCGAAAUCUAUCGUUUUGAUUAUGACCGGCAUAUAUUACGUACGCUUGCAGUUUAAGAAUAAGACAAACGGUCAGAACGAAGAAUUGUCUAUUGUACUGAAAAGACCACAGCAGGAUUUAUGCGCGCUUCACAUCGAAAAACAGUUUCACAACGAGAUGCUGUUCUACCAAAUGUACGUCCGACCGGACGAGAAUCAUCCCAGAUGUUUCUACGUUAAUGAACGGUUGCCUACCGAUUCAGUGAUCGCCUUAGAGAACGUCAACGAACGAGGCUAUUAUUCCUGUUCAAAACAGUACGACCCUCCUUUGCAGUACACAUUGGCGGCGAUGCGCGAAUUGGGACGAUUUCACGGCAAAGGGUACGUUAUGAAGGAACAGCGACGGAAAGAAUUCUUCGACUUCGUGGAUCAACUUCAAGCUGCCAGGUACACGAAGAUGAUGAACUUCUAUAGAAUCGCAAUAAAUAUUUGUGCUACACGAGGAGUGGAAUAUCUUCGCAGACAGGGCUACGAUGCAAUUUUCUGUGAUAAGAUGGAAGCCUUGCUGUCAAACGGGUUUGAUGAAGUGAUGAUAAAGAUGGAACCACUGGAACCUUUAUCCACCCUGUGCCACGGCGAUUUUACAUUAAGCAACGUUCUCUUUAAGACAGAAAAGGACGGAAAGUAUCGCGCGAUGCUAAUCGAUUUCGGGCUUAUUAUGUAUUCUACUCCUGUCGUCGAUCUUUCUACAUAUCUCUUCAUGUGUUGCACGAAUGAGGAGAGAAGAGAGAAAUUUUCUGACAUCAUGCGGGCCUAUCAUGACGCUCUGAUUGAGUAUUUGCUGGAUGCUGGCAUUCAAGACGUUGAGAAAUACUCGUAUAAUGCUUUGUUGGACGAUUUUAAGAGAGGAGCUCUAUUCGGUUUACUUCUUGCCCCAAUGAUUUUACCAGUAUUAUUGGGGCAUGGAUACGACAGUGCCACAGAAAUACGUAAAAGCUACUUGAAUAACACGGACAUAGCAGAGGUUUCAAAGAAACGCAAAUAUCUCGGCGGUGACAAAAUAUGUAAAAUACUGGCUGAUUCAUUGUUGCAUCUUAGAGAUCUUGGCUGUUUAGAACAAUUUUUGUAGUCAUGUGAGAGACAAUUCAAAUGGAUAAAAUAUAAAUUGUAUUGAUUAUAAGUAUGGAACGGCUUACACUGUAAAAU